AUGAGUCUCGAAACUUGCAAUUUGGUCGGAGGAGGAAAUUCUAGCGCGGAGCUGUUUUCCUGCUUUGAGAAAACAUCUUGUAAUCCAGUACCACUGAAAUUUUCCUAUCAAAAUGCUGCAUCGUCAAUUUACCCGCUGAAAUACGAAAGUCUUCGCUUCACCCUUAUCAUUUUCGGCUAUUAUGAGCUGAUCCUCUCAACCCUCAUUCUCGUUAUCUCCUGCCUUCAGGUCGCUUUUCGCCCUAGAAAAGUCCUUGACCUCGACUUUGAACUGCGGAAAGAAAGGACCUGCUUGACUGGAGCCUCGAAGAUUUACUCGAUUUGCAAUGUUUUUAUGGUUUUGAUUUCUUUUCUCUGGGCGAUUCUAGUUUUUGUUUUUUAUUAUUUGGAUGAGAAUAGUUCUGUUACGAUUGGGCUGAAAUUCAAGCUUCUUCAAGUGAUCGUCGGGAUCAGUCUUGCUUUAUGCUCAAUCGGGAUCCUCUACGCACUUCAAUUGCCCUUCAUAAUGGCCUUGAAUCCGAAAUAUCUCCGGAAGAUGAAAAUCGUCCUUUUCAACCUCGUCAUAAAUGCAAUGUUUCUAGUCUAUUUUCUGACGAUCGUAUAUUUCAUCCCCUUUAUUCUGAUCUGCACUUUUCUUUGGUUUUAUGCUUUUGGAAAAUGCGGUCAAAGUACUGGUCUGUGA